GAUCACUUAAUGAAUACGUAACGGAAAGGCGAUAGAGAAAACCGUUAUUAUGCGUGGCGCCAUCGCCAUUCUCCGAGUGAUUCCAUCUAUCAGCUUUCAAAUCCAGUUCCAUUGAUCGACGCUGGCAAUGGCACACUGGCUCAAAGCGGCUGAAGAUUUAUUUGAAGUUGUGGAUCGAAGAGCGAAAUCUGUUGUCACUGAUUUAUCAGAUGAACAAUCUAAUUUUAAUUCUCCAGGUUUCUUCGUCUCCUUCUUCCUUUUAGAUUAUUAUAUUUCCAAUAUAUGUUCUGUAAAAUCUCCCAAAAUCAUUUGCAACUUGUUACAUUUCUGGAAAUUAGCUUCUACUGGGCAAGGAUCACAUGGCAAGAGAAGGAAAUCAAAGUCCAAGGCUCAAAAGGGAAAAUCUAAAAACUCAUCUCCUACAAAUACUGAUACUACCAAAGAGAAAGGUGACACACCAGAAGCACCGGCUGAUCAUGUAGUAGAAAACGAUGGGAGUGCUUUCACUCCUACAAAUCAACCAAUCAAAGACAAUGUAGAGGCAUUUAAUGGGGAGCCCGUAAAAGAGAAUGCUCUAGAUAUGCAUAAGGAGAAUCCUUCUCCGGAUAACAAAGGAAUUGAAGGCUCCACUGAAGACAAACCCACUAAUGCUGAACAAAGAGAACUAAAUCUGUGGCCAAUGACAAAAGUUUCAAUCGUGGUGGUGACACUAUAA